CCUAUUGACGUAUGGAUUGCGUCACGUAAUUAGUGAACGACUCCUCGAAACACAUGUUUGUGUUUACAAAUUGUGAGACAAAUCAUAUCAUAUAUUAGUCUUUGAUUAUCACCUCAUAAAUGGCUGGCAAUCGGAUCCAUAGGUUCGGCACAAUACUGACCCGAGUUGAAGGUCUGCUGAAGUCUGGAGCGAUCGGAUCCGAGAGUAAACCCAUUUGGCUCGAUGUCUAUAAGCAGUUCCCGCCGCACGUCGAGCCCAAACUCAACCGUCCGCUUCCCGACCAUCGGAUCCCUGAUAUUGUUUACGCCGAAGACUUUAUCAGAGCUCGUUUCCACGACACGUACGGAACCGUUGGUAUAAUCGAUUGUCUCAAUCAGAUGCCGAAGAACUACCGAAGCGUUUCCCAAAUGUUUAUUAAUAAGUACAUAGAAAUGGCCAGAAAUGACACGAACUUAACGGACGACCAGUUGUUUGACAAAACA